UUUCCACAUAAGUCUAUAUCAAAAAAAAUCAGUGAGGAGAGUGAAGGACAUGGCUGCACCCGCACUUGCACCACCAGGGCCAGUUCAGAAAACUGAGGAAGAAUGGCGGGCUGUUCUCUCCCCGGAGCAGUUCAGGAUUCUACGCGAGAAAGGAACUGAGCCAAAAUUCACUGGGGAAUAUGACAAGGUUUUUGAAGAAGGGGUUUACAAAUGUGCUGGUUGUGGGACACCACUUUAUAAGUCAGCUACCAAGUUUGAUUCCGGAUGCGGUUGGCCUGCAUUCUACGAGGGUCUGCCUGGAGCCAUAAACCGAUCGCCUGACCCAGAUGGGAGGAGAACUGAGAUCACAUGUGCAGCUUGCGGCGGUCACUUGGGACAUGUUCUUAAAGGGGAAGGGCACAAGGUGCCGACAGAUGAACGCCACUGUGUCAACAGCGUUUCCAUCAAGCUUGUUCCUGAAACGUCUGCACUAUGAGGUCUUUUGAGGUUGUCGUCUCCUCAGAUCAAGCUGCUUUCGUACGCUUAAACCUUAAUGCGCUUUCUGCCGUGUAUGAAGAAAAGACAAAGAUUGUUAAUCUGAAAUGCACUGUUUGUGAGUCGCUUGUUAUGAUACUUUAUCUUAAGCUAAAGUGCCAAUAAAACCUCUUUGUUUUAGUUUA